UGCAAUCCACUCCCAGUUACACGGGGUUCGUUCAGGCCUCCAUCAGCUCCACAAUGCCCUGGGGACGUGAAGGACAUCCAGAACUCCCUGGCAGAAAUCAGCAAUGACGGGAGGCAAAGCAUCAACACCAUUGAGAACCUGAAGAACAUCAAAUAUGCUGGAAUGGAACACAAUCAGCUAGCCUCAACCGUGGAUAACCUGAAGAAUAUAUUUUGUAUGUCCAGCUGCACCAUUACAUGCCACUUGAUUGGGAACUAUUAUUGUUGGCUUGCAUUGCAUUUGAUGUGACACUGUACAGUUACAAUGUGUUUGUGUAUUAAUAUGGUCCUCUGUAGCUCAGCUGGUAGAGCACGGCGCUUGUAACGCCAAGGUAGUGGGUUCGAUCCCCGGGACCAUCCAUACACAAAAAUGUAUGCACGCAUGACUGUAAGUCGCUUUGGAUAAAAGCGUCUGCUAAAUGGCAUAUUAUUAUUAUUAUAUUUCUCCUCCCUUCCUGUGCAGUGCCUGAGAUAGUGGCAGACACUCCAUUAAUGAUAGAGCAAGCCGAGCUGCUGGAGGGCCACCACAAGCUGAUGAACCUGGAGUGAUCAUGGAAUGACCUCAUGUACGAUCAGUACCGUAUGGACAGCAAUAAACAUGCACAACAUGAAAAUUCGAAACUACUUUGGCAAGGGGCAGGGCCUGCCGGACAACUUGGCCAAGCAACUAUGGAUAGUGCUGCAGCACGCCAUGGGCCAGGCUGGAGCCACAGUGAGCAGUGACGCUUGUGCAAUGCUUUCCAACGCAUUACAACACCUUGACAGGUUCUUCUAGCUCUACCACAAAACUGUGUCCAUGAGGGUGAAGUAACUGGCUGCAGAGGACCUGACAGCCAACAAGAUUGUGUCCCUCUUCAUCUUGGUCCUCAAUUUUACUUUCAAAAGUAAGUAUGUACUGCCCUCUCUGUGACUCAUGUAGCAAAAGUAUGUGGACACCUGCUUGUCGAACAUCUCAUUCCAAAAUCAUCGGCAUUAAUAUGGAGUUGGUGCCCCCUUCGCUGCUAUAACAGCCUCCACUCUUCUGGGAGGGCUUUCCACUAGAUGUUGGAACAUUGCUGCAGGGACUUGCUUCCGUUCAGCCACAAGAGCAUUAGUGAGGUCGGGUACUGAUGUAGGGAGAUUAGGCCUGGUUUUCAGUCAGCGUUCCAAUUAAUCCCAAAGGUGUUCGAUGGAGUUGAGGUCAGGGCUCUGUGCAGGCCAGUCAAGUUCUUCCACAUCAAUCUCGACAAACUAUUUCUAUUUGCAUGGACCUCCCCUUGUGCAUGGGGGCAUUGUCAUGCUGAAGUAGGAAAGGGCCUUCACAAAGUUGGAAGAACAGAAUCGUCUAGAAUGUAAUUGUAUGCUGUACAACUCGGAAAGCAUUAAGACACAGUUUUGUUAAGCGAUUGCCCUCUAACAACUUGUUUGAAAGUGAAAUCAGGUGAACCUUCGUUUUUAGUUACAUUAGCACACUGACAAUAUGUAGCAGAAAGGCAAGGGGUAGAUUGGGCCAAAAUUAAGGGUAAAAUAAGACCCUUUUGUUCGUGUUUUUUUAGAGGGGGUAGCGGGUGUUUGUGACCAACUUAGUGGCUUUGUGGUUAGUGUCCGCCCUGAGAUUAGAAGGUUAGAAGUUCGAUCCCUGUUUGAGUUUAGCAAAGUCUGUAAAAAUGGGACCCAACAUGUCUCUGCAUGGCAUUCAGCAUUAAGGAAAUGCUGUUCUGGCUCGCACAAGGCUUGUGAAAGGCUACUUACUUACUUUACUGAGGGUCUGUCUGGCCCUCCAGGUCCUGCCGUAAUUGAGUCAGUGGUUUCUGACUUGUUUGGCCCCAAGCUUUCCCAGGACAGGUUGGUGCUCCUGGUCAACUGG